AUGGAAAGAGGGACAAUAUGGAAACCCAAUGUUGAGUUAGCACCAGCAUGUCCUCGUUGUGGUUCAACAAAUACAAAAUUUUGUUACUACAACAACUAUAGUUUGACACAACCUAGGUAUUUUUGCAAAGGUUGUAGAAGGUAUUGGACUAAAGGUGGUUCUUUAAGGAAUGUUCCAAUUGGUGGUGGAUGUAGAAAGAGUAGAAGAGGUAAGUCUUCUUCUAAUACAAUUCAUAUUCAUCAUCAUCAUGAACUUAUUUCAAGAAAUUUGGGACAUGGGGUUUGUUUAAAUCCUACUAAUAUUGAUCAUCAUAAUCAAUCUACAAGUAGUUCAUUGGAUCAUCAUCAUGGUCCAAGUAUUGAUCUUGCUUUAGUCUAUUCAAAUUUCUUGAAUAGUACUAAUUCCAAGUCAUCUCAGCCGGAGGAUCGUCAGAAUCCUGAACUUCCUGACGAUUUGUUAUUGCCUGAUCAAGGAGUACUCGUCACUCCAUCAUUCGAGCUUUCAAGCAUGAUAGACAUGGAGUUUGUGAAUAGCGAAUUAGGUCAAGAAUCGCGAUUACUUGGUGCUGGUGCUGGUGAUGGUGUUGAUUUUUACUUUAGUGGUAUUCAUGAGGAGAAGCAAAAUGGUAUGAAUCAUAGUGAUGUUCAUGAUGAUCACUAUACAAACAAUAUGAAUGUGAAUGCCAAUAAUAGUAUCAACCAUGAUCAUCAAUUAGGCAACAAUAAUUAUAUGGACCUCCCUCCAUUGCCUUGUGAAGAGAUUAUGUGGUCUAAUUCUCAUGAUCAUCAUCAUCAUAUGGUAUUUCCUAAUGAUCUUCUACGUACAAGUCAUAAUUUAACAACCGGAGGAUCAGAGCCAGAACCAGAACCAGAAUCAGCAGUACAAAAUCCGAGUCAUGAUCAUAGCGCGAAUAAUGCAAAUGAUGGGAGCCUUUUCAACUUGUCCAACUUUGGAAAUAUUUUCAGGCCUUGA